AUGCAUGCCCAAAAGGUGAGUGGGGUCUGAUUAUAUGUUUUGAAUGAUAUGUUUUGAGGGAAAUGAUGCGUUAUAGGUAAGAGAUUUGUCAUAGCAAGGUGAAACCAGUUGUGCAAAGUGUAAAAAAUUAUCAAAACAUGGCAUGUACAACAAAAAAAAGUACAAUUUUUUGAUUGGGCACACUAAUUUUAAUUACGCUUUUUUAUAAUAAUAUAGUAUUUUACAUUAACAUCGGAAAGCAUUUACAUUGCUAUUAAUACACCUACCUUAAUAUACUAAGAUUAAAGCAAGCUCCUUUUUAAUUUGUACUUGCAAACUUUAUAGGAAUCUGUCUCAAUAGAGACCUCGUCAAUUUGUUUUUUUUACUAAUUUAUUAUUCUAUUGCUUAUUACUUAUAUUUGACGCCGAAUAAAUAAAAUUAUACUAAUUCAAAAAUAAACUAGCCUUUUUCUUAACACUGAACGUACCUAAACAUUCAAAAAUGCCGGGGAAAGUAAGAGAAAGCAGUUAAAUGUCAUUGAGAAGGCGUGGUGAAGUUAUUUACUGGCUCUAGUUUACAAAAACAAGGCGUGACCUAGACCAGUUUGGCUCUUUUUCAUUCAGAAAGCCCCUUGCUUAGAUUUACAUUGUAAAAACAAUUAUAAGCAAAUUAACUUUCUCAACGCUAAUCCCUAAGGCAAGACAUCGUCUUGUGGAGUUUCGCUUUUAGGAUGUAUAGUCGACCGAAAAAGCUAAAAUACGUGAGUUUUUAGGGGGUUUCUCAGGGCUUUACUUCGAAAAAAGUGAAAGAUGAAGAAAGUUAGGGUUUCUACAAGAUUGUGACGUUUUUUUGAGAAGAAUUUGACAUAAAUAGAUGAAGAAAAGAUAAGGAAAGAUAGCUGCUUAUAUUGUAAUCACUUUCAGAUGCGAGCUCAAAGCAUGGAGCCAACGCCAUUGAUCUCGGUGCUCAAAGUCGUAAGUUGGACUGUUUGAUAAUGAGCUAGAGAUAAGCCUAAUAAAAUGUCUGGCUUAAAAGGCCUUUGAACAAAAUUUAUUUUUACCUACUACAAUAUUUUUUUUGAAAUUUUACACAGAAUUUAUAUUAAGUUGUAUAAAAAAGAUUGAGCUACUGAACUCCAUAUACUAUUAUAUAUGAUAUUCAGUAGCUACUAGUACUUUAUUGUAUUACCAAUAUAACCUUUUUAAAACGAAACUUUUUGAAAUUUUUUUGAAAUUUUUUAAAUUUAAAUUUCAAAAAAAAGUAAUUUCAUUCGUUUCUGAGAACACAAUUUGCCAUGGUAAAAACAAUACAUAGUAAUGGUUAUGUAGAAACUUUAUGUAACUUUUCGUUGUAGUAAUUACUUUCUGUUUACUUUUAUGACAAGUUUAAUUAAAACUUUUCGAAACAAUGCCUUUCAUGCCGUUUUAGUGUUGUCACAUCGUAGUUGGCACAUGUUUUUGUGGUUUUACAGUCAUUAUGACAGUUUUAUGUGAAAUGGGUUUGGGUUAUGACAAAGUCAAAAAUUAGGCGGUGAGUAAGUCGUUUUGGUCGAAAAGUUUGUAAAAUAUGUCGUAUUUUAGAGUUAUGACUUUGAAAAUUGUUUGAGUGAUUUGCUUUCUAGUUUGAAGUCAUUAAUCUUUAUCAUUUUAGAACAUUUAAAAUAUGAAUUUUCAAGUCUUCUUGCAACAGAAUGCCAAAGUUUGCUAAAUUUUACAAUUUCAACCCAUAACUCAUUGAAAAACCUAUAAUUUUAGCCAAAUUCAUAUAAAAAUGACUUUAAAAUGUAACUUUUUCGACUAAAACCACAGCUGUAGUAAGAUACGACACCGCGGUGUAAAUAAAGUCACAAAGAAUGCCAUAAAACGGAGGGAAAUAUUAUUUUAGUAAUUGAAUAGAGUGGACUAGCCUUUUUAUAGAGAGGCUAAUUAAAUAUAUUCGAAUAAAAUGGCAUACAUUACUUUUCUUUCUCAAACACAACGUAAUGUUUGAUGUCUCAUUGAUUUUGGUUCAAGGAUUUUUGGAGAUUUCGAAAUUUAAAAAAAAAUUAAAUUUGAUUUUUUGAACUUUUAAUGACAAAAGUGCAACCCUCAUGAAAACUUACACAGGGUAAUGAAAUUAUAUUAUGUUAGGUUUAAAAUGGCAUAAGUUAUAACAUUAUAAGCCUAAAAUGGUACUAGUAGUUAAAGUUUAAGCCUAAAGUGGGGCUGAAUUUCAAAAAAACUAUUUUUCUACACUUUUUCAAAGCAAAAUGUAACAUUAUAUGUAUGUUGAUGCCAAGUGUAAUAUCUGUCUAAUGGUCUUACCUAAAUAGUCGGUAAUUGGAGUUACUAUGGGCAAAUUACUAUUUAGCAGUAAAUUACUUUAUUGUUACACCAAUGUAAUCUUUUUUAACAAAGUAGACAAUACGAGCAUAUAUGUAUGUAAACAAUGGUAAAAUACGGAGUUUUAACGUCCAUAAUGUAAGGUACGAAGCUUAAAUGUACGAGAUACGAAGUUGGAUAAUAACAUCGAAUAUAUAUCUGUGUUUUAUAAUUACAAUAAAAAGCAAACAUUUUACUGUUUCAUUACUUUUACUUUGCUAAUGGGCCCACUUUUCCUCAGGGCAUUCAGCUAUCUUCUCUUCGUAUCUUGGCUUCGUAUCUUUGCCCGGCUUCAAUUAAGAGUUAUUAUGGGAAGGAAUUACAACACUUAGGGUUAUGUUUUGUGUUUACAUUGAACGUUCGUAUCUUUUGCAGAAGGUGUUUCGUAUGUUGAGGGUUCAAAACGUGUGUACUAUGGAAUGUUAAAGUGUUAUAGGUAUCUGUAGGGGUCGUUGUCAGAUAUUAUGUGUAUAUGUAUGUGUUAUAGGUUUUGCUAAGGGUUAUGUAGUUUUAUUGUCAUAGUAAAUUGAUGUAUUGAUUUUUAUGUAAUGUUAUAGACACGGUAUUUUCACAUAUAUCGGAUGUUAUUCUUUAGUAAAUAGUAUAGCAAUGAAGGGUAGAAAUAGUAGAUUAAAAUAGUAAUGGUACUUAAGAGUAUCUUGUGUAAAAGCAACCAAGAUAUGUUGGGAAGACCUAAUCGUAUCUUGGUAAUCGCUUUUGUACACUUAACACUUUGCUUUGUUGACACUUUGUCAUAUACAAUUACUGGUAAUGGGAAUUCUCUGGGGAAUACGAUGGUUAACGGCGGUUACUUCUACUACAUUGACAAUAAAUUGAUUGUAAACGGGUAAUGUAGGGUAAAACGAUAGAGUAAUGUGUAGAUGCGUACUGCUAACAUGACAACACAGUUGUAGGAGUUUAAAGUGGUAUAUAUUGCGGUAUAUGAUGGUUAAUAUAUUUUUAUAGUUACUAUGACAAAUCUUAUAGUGAGGUCUAUACCUACAUUAAAUACGACUAACAUACUAUAAGAAUUACUGUUUAAACUAUGGUUUUUUUAACUGUAAGGUAAUUUAGAUAACAUUUUGAGAGAUAAAGUAGAUACGUAGCCAAAACUGCGGAAGAGAUUACUAUUAUAUUAGCUUUUUACUACGAACAUAUACACAGUUUUAAUGGGAUUACAUGCCAUUUCCAAACUUAACUUCUGAGAAAAAGGUAUUAUACGUACACGAGAUAUAUUAUGUUGGUAUAGAGGAAUCUUUUUUCAGGAUUAUUUAUUCUAAUCUUUUAUAUAUUAUAGUAGGACCAUUUCACAAAUUUUUAUUGUUUAAUAUAGCGUUAUAAGAGUACGUACGUUGGUACUAAAGCAUGACAAUUUUAUUAUAUGCUUACCUUAUCGUAUCUUUGUAUCAUCUACGAUUGUAAACUUAAAUAUUUAGCAAUAUGAUUCCGCGCGUACGUUCACAUCAUCAACAUCUGAAGCGAAUGGAACAAUUGCGUUAUCAGGUUGGGAGCAGUCACUUUAAUUGCGAGGGAAAUUAAAAAAAUGUGGGAAAGAACGGCACCGUGCUCAGCGUGCUUCCCUCCGUGCUUUAAUUGUAUCUGUGUUGUUUUUGUUUUUAGUUUGAACUUUGACGUUUCAUACAGUAGGCUACUUUUUGGGGAGUAUUGUUUUGUUUUUUUAGGGGUACUUUAGUAAUAUCUAAAGGUGGAAUUUGGGUUGAUAUUGUAGUAGAUGGCGUUUCAUUGGAAGUGUUUUGAUUUUUUAGUUUAUGUUGAGUAUUGUACUAACUGCGAAUGUUUGUUUGUAGCGGAGCUCUCUGAUUUUUACGAUGGGGUUUGACUGAGGGCUGAGAAACAGGUCGUGUAGGCUCAGCCCGGCACUACAAUUGGACCCGGUCAGGCUAAACUAGGCGUAGAAUUGUAUUGAUUGGGUCAGUUUGAGAAAAGAUUGCAACGGAUCGAUCUAAAACUUUGGGCCCUGAGCCGAUCCUAAAAGUGGGUCCGGACCGUUUCUGAUCAUUAGUUUGACUUCGGGCUGAAAAAAUGAAGGUUUGGUGUAGCAUGCCUAAAGCCGUGUCUGUUUUACCUCUCCCUAUGCCUUGUUGUCUUACGUUACGAUCUUUGAAUCAGGAAGCAUGUUUUUGUUAUACUGAAUAAUAUAUUAUAGUAUUGUAAUUAUCGUUAUUGUAAUUUCAUUAUUAUGCUUUUUGGUUAUAUACGAGGUCUAAUAAGGUUCAUAUGAGUUAUAACUUGUGAUAUUUGCGUAAUUUUUAAACUUUUUUUUAUUUUAUUUUCUAACUGUUGUAAAAAGAUUAUUUUUUGAAAAUUUUUUACUUUACUUUAAUUUAUUUUAAUAUUUGUCUUAAAGUAAAUAUUUAAUGAUUAUGAGUUAUAACUAAAAAAAUUAUUUUAUAACUAAAUUAUAUAUAAUAUACGAUAACAAUAUAAUUUUCAAAAAAUUAUCAUUUUUUCGAAAUUUAAAAAACUUAACGUGCAACCACGUAGAGGAUGAACAGGCAUCGUACCGGGAACUCUUUUUACUGCAAAAAGUCAAACUGAAUUAUGAAGACAUUAAAGAUGAAAAGAGUUUUAGGUUACGUACUAACGUUUGCGUGGUACGUUGGCCUCCCGAGUUUUGUUGAUAGUUUGGGAGACUGAAUGUUUAAGUAGGAGUGAUAUGAUAAUACGAAGAAUUUAAUAUGGAGGGGGUUGUAUAUAGGUUUAUGUGAUUAAUAUGUUGUAGUAGACAAAAUGGUGAUUAUGAAAAUUACGGUAAUGUUGUACUAUAAAAUACCUUAGUAAGAUGUUACGUUGUUCAAGUAAUCGUGAGCUUCCUCUCAAAGCAAAUUUUUUGGGUUAGUGGGCGCAGAAUUUUUUGAACAAUCUAAUGUCUUACAAUUUUACUAUACAGUACAAUAUUAGCUAUUGUAAUUUACAAUUCAAUGAUAAGCAGUAUCAAACAGUUCAAAAAAGUCUUAAAAUAUUCAAUGACACAGUAAAAACCAUAGUAUUAGGUUAUAUACUAACAUCAUCGUACCACAGUCGAGAAUAGAUUGCGUGCACUGCUAAAGAUCACAUGACAUUCUUUAUUAAACUCGGCACGGAACCUACUUUAAGCUUUGGGUGUUUUGUCUAAAAAUUUGUAAAAUUUUGAAAAUUAUAAAAUAAUUUAUCGUUUGUUGUGUUUUUGCUAUGACAUGGUGAUGUUGUGUCGUAUGUAGGUGGUUUUCGUGUUUUUAUGGAUUUAUUUUGGUUAUUUUGUUACUUUUCGCUUGGUUUUAGAUAUAAAUUGGCAAAAGGCAUAGCUUUAUCAAUAAGUUUAUAUUUUAUGCUUGGGUCGAUAUUGUAGUAGGUAAAAAUAUCGAAAUUCUGAUAAAAAGGUCAAGUGCAAUAUAAUUUUUAGCUUAAAAUUUAAAGAUCUUUUAAAAUUAUAUUAGUAUUCUUAUUACCUUUUAAAGUUUCAGCCUCGAUCUCAGGAAAAGCUUCCGGUAAUCGCGAACGGUGGCCUGGAAAAGUCGGCUGAAAUGGAAACAAUUAGGCUCAACGUGGGUGGUCGUUCAGCUCAACUGGCGGUCGAAACGGUCGGUAUUUGAAUAUUUUAUGUUUUUACAUUAUAGCAUAAGACAUAGCUCAUUACUUUUUAAACAAGUCAUUAGAAUAUUUUUUGUUUUUAAUUUUUAUUGGUCUACAAAUAUCAAGUUGCGUUUAAUAGUAUGCGACAUAGCUCAUUACUUUUUGAACAACUAAAAUUUGGCUCUAGGAUACUAUAUUUAUCAUAUUGAGAAAGGUAUGGCAAGUGGAGAGUAAGGAAAUUUUUUGAUCGAGUUUGAGGAGGCUAGAUUAACUUAUUUUUAUAACUGUAGAGCAGGAUACUGCCUUUUCCUUUUUGUAGAGAUAAUGUUGUUACUUUAGGUAAAACUACGAAUGGACAGCAGCCGGCUAGCCUUGUUUUGUGAGAAGAAUCAUAUCGAACGUCUGACAGAAUGCGACUCUUACUUCGAACAGUCCAACGAGUACUAUUUCGAGAAAAGCCCGACUAUCUUCGAGUACGUUAUCGACUACUACAUCACUGGACAUCUACAUCGACCGAUGGACGUAUGUCCGAUACGAUUAAGAGACGAGUUCGAAUACUGGAGGCUACCGUUAUCGUGCAUGGCAGCUUGUUGUAGGCUGGAGGAUCCAACGGCCAAGAAAAGUCAUUUCGGGAGUAGUGAGCAGGUAGGGGUACUGUAGCAGUGAUUACUGUAAAAUAUUUUUGUUUAUUUUAUGGUAAAUUUAUUUACUUAGGUGAUAUUUAUUUUUGCAUUGGGUUCAAAUGCUUUCUUAGCUUCUGUCUACAGCAAUAUGGUCUUACUAUUACAUUUUCACACAUCAAUAGUAUAUAAACUUACAUUUCAGGUAUUUAUGGACGAUGACAGCACAAUCCCCUUGUUCGACAAAGUAAUCAUGGGAAAACAGCGGAGGAAAGCCUACGAUUUCUUCGAGAAUCCUCGAUCUUCAUCGUCGGCCAAAGUGCUGAGCAUAGUAUCAGCAUCGUUCGUACUCGUAUCACUAUGUGGCUUGAUAUUGUCAUCGAUGCCAGAGUUCCAGAUGGACGAUCUUACCCCUCACAUUGUCAUACAAGGUGUGGAGAUAUGUUGUAUGUUGUUCUUCACCAUGGAAUACAUGUGCAGGUUCUUGGUAUCGCCGAGGAAGUGGCAUUUUGUGAAACAACCUUUGAAUAUCAUCGAUUGUAUGACAAUUCUGCCAUUCUUUAUCGAGGAGUUCAUGAGGUUGUUUGGGUACGAACAUGUGGAGUUGAGGAAUCUUAGAGGUAAGGGUUUUUCUUUGAGGUUUACAUUGACAUAGAGGGUUUCUAGAAUAAGAUAAGAGGUUGUUCAAAUAAUUAUGAGCUACAAACCUCAAAAAUUUGCUUUGAGAGGGGCACAGGAUUAGUUGAACAACCUAAUAUAUUGUAAAUUAAGUAUUAUAUGAUGAAGUCUAUAUUGUUUUAGAUCUCAUUUUUAUAUUGUUUCAGGCCCAAUGAUUGUCGUUCGAGUCCUUCGAGUACUUCGAAUAGCUAGGAUAUUCAAAUUAGCACGAUACUCGAUUGGUCUUCGUGCUUUUGGUGAGACGAUGAAGAAGUCGGCUGCCGAACUCUCAAUGUUAGGAUGCUUUUUGCUUACGGGUCAGUUUGAAAUUAAAAUUUUAAAUUUUUUACAAUUAAAAAAAAUUAAAAUUUUGAAGCAAUAUUAUAGUCAAUUUACAAUCAAAUUUAUGUGUAAUAUAAAAAGGUUUCUAAUUUAGGUAUAAUGUUGUUUUCGACCGCCAUCUACUUCUUCGAACGCGAUGAACCUAACUCCAAGUUCUACUCGAUCCCAGCUGCUUGGUGGUGGUGUAAGUUGAAUUGACAGUAACUAUGAGAUUUUAAGAUAUAUAGGAUAUAACUAUGCGCUUCUAAUAAUGUAAUACUAUAUGAACGUAUGUAUGUACAAAUUGUGUCGAUACUGUAACUUAAAAUUCAUCAAACGUAUUUUAUAUGAUUUAGGCGUUGCUACGAUGACUACUGUAGGAUACGGUGAUCUAGUGCCAGUAACUGCUGGUGGAAAGGUUGUCGCGGCCACAGCCAGUGUUUGUGGUAUCAUUGGUAAGAUUUUUAUCAAUUAUUAUCAGUUAGGUGAUCUAUUUUUUAUUUUUUAAAAGCAGAUUAUACUCAGUUUGAUAACCGGUGUUAAUAUUACUAUGUUAAUAUACAGUUACGAUUGCUUAUAUUAGAUUAUUCAAUUAAUUCUGCGCCUCUCUCAACGCAAAUUUUUGUUUUUAUGGAGCACAGAAUUAGUUGAAAAACCUAAUAAAAAUGUAAACUUUUAACAUUACUGAUAAAACAAUUUCCAGUCUUGGCCUUCCCUAUCUCAAUGAUAUUGGACAAGUUUGCGGAAUCGACCGGUGGCUGGAAGAAGGACGACUUUCCGCCGAUGCCAAUGGCCCCAGUUAUGGGUAAUAAUCACAACAAAUUUAAAUCGAUGCGGAAAUCCAAACGAUACGUAUUUUAA